AUGGUUCACGUCGAAAAUUCGUCUAGCGUGCCAGGUUCGCCUGGUGCGGCACUCCAGCCAUCAUCUCCUGACAAAGUUAAUCAACAGCGCGAAGCCGUCCCACCGUCUCCCACGAAGUCUGACCACCUUCGUGAUAGCGACGUACACGAUAAGAUCCGCCAAUUCAAUAACUUAGCCCACCUUGGCCCCGGAGGCGCGGCAUCAAUGUCCAGACAACUUGAACGAAAGACGGCCGACGCCGCCUUAAAACGAGCCAUGGUAGGACGUGAAGAGGCAGAGGCUGAGAUGCGCCGCUAUCGUGAUGAGACUCGGGCCCUACGACGACAAGUCGAAGAGAGCCGCGGUCGAGAGCGCAAAGUAGGCGAAAGAUUAGAAGAUGUCAUGGAGAAGUAUGGACAAGCGAAAGAAACUCUCCAACACAGCAAAACGAUUUGGGAGAAGGAAAUUAGACACGCGCGCAAGGAGGUUUUCAAGACACAGUCAUCUAUUGUUAAGCUACAAGAAGAUCUCAAAACUGCGCGAAGUUCUUGCAAGUCUGUAGAAGAGUCCCUAGCAAGGGAGAAGGAUCUUAGCAAGGCUAGAGAGCAGGAAGCGUUUAAAUCUCGCUACCAAUUAGCCGAAAUACAAGAGCAACUAGAGAAAGCUCUCGAACGCAUUGCGUUCGUCGAGCAAGAGCGCGAUGCCUACAAGGAUGCCGCCAAGAGCGAAGAGAUUGCCAGGAUCGCUGCCGAGGGGCGUCUACCGCUCCCGCCGGAGGAUCCGGACAGUGAAUUCGCGUCACCUAAGAAGGAGCGUUUUUCUCUAUCUACGGUCGAUAUUCUUUCCUCCGCUGCAAGUGAAGAGGAAAUCGAAGAACUAACACGCCUGUGGCAAUGGGAGAGGCAAAGAGCCGACCGAGCUCAAGAGCAUCUAGAGUUUGUGCAGGCUGAGUGUCAACUACGAUGCUGCUCCUGCGCAAAGUCUCGCUCGCGGAGAAGUCUGGCUGCCUCUACACGUCAAGAACGGACUGGACCAGUCACGAUUGUGGACCCGGCAGAUCUUAUGAUUUUAGGCCAGGAGCCCAAAUCCGUAGAGCAGUCUAUCUCUACCAAAUCUAGAACUUCUGGGUACAACCAAGGUCAGGAACAGGAGCAAGUAGAAGAAAGAGAACGAGAGCUACUACCACUAGAGAAGACAGGAUCUCAGACAGAGAAUCUUGUACAACAGGAGGCGCCGAGAGAACGAAAGGAACUUAGGCGUUCGACUAUUUUUGUUCCUUCUGAGGGGAUCUUCAGGACCAUCUCGCAGCAGGACCUACACACAAUAGAGAAGUCGGAGGAUUCCCCUUGCGAACCAACGACCCCAAAAGAUCCCCCGCCAACCCAUUCUUUUUAUUCUCGAACUCCAUCCGCUGAGCCUCCAACAUUUGCCUUGAUGGCGCAGGAGCGCACUUCCCUCCUCUCACUCCUCAACGCGCCACGCCAAAGCGAAUCUAACUACCCUAUGAUGGAUAUCCCGACCAUACCACUGGGAGGUCCUAAUCGCUCAGACGCGGAAGAAGAUGCCGAGGAAGCAGCCCGCCCGAAAUCUGAGAUGGAACCAGAGGAGGAUACACGACCUCACAGCACUGCUGCCUUCUACACAGUAACCACUACUACGACAGUUCCCGUUCGAGAACCAACUAACCAAAACCGUGUCCCAUCAUUCGAUGUUAAUAACCCGACCCUGGCACCAACAAUGACGCGCGAGGAAGCGCUAGCGCAGAUUAGAGAGCGCCGCGGUAGAGCUAGGAGUGCUGCGCAGGGCCUAGCCACGCCCCGGAGGCAGAUGAUGUCAGGAACGGGAGACAGAAGGGACGUCAGUGCGCCAGCAGCUCGAGCAGCUAAGGGGCGAUCCGCCUAG